CACUGACAAACUGAAGCGAAAUAUUUUCGUGAAAUGAUGUGUUUACGUGAUCCCCGGAGGUAAUUUGCAAAACGCCGUAAGUGGUUGAGACUCAGCUCAAAAUGACCGAGGUACCAAAGAGGAAAGUUAUUUUGCGAGCCAAAUCAUUCAUUGAACCUGAGGUUCAAAACCCUUUUACUUAUCGCCUUGAGCUAACCGCCUGCGAUAAACUCAAGGUGAGUGAAAUAUUGUCAUGUCCUUUUCCCAGGUCCUGUCCUUUCCCUGUAGGUCGGAAACACAGUGUCUUUGUUAAGAUAAAAUCAGGCCCAGAAGUCGAAUGUUUUUUGUUUGGAAGAAUAGAAAACCUUCGAAAAUGAAUUCAUCUCCCAGCUGAAUGAAGGUAAACAAAGCCUGUUUCAAUGCAAAUAUCUGCAGAUGAUAUCAGCCUUGCCAUUUUGCCGCCAGAAUUUGUGAAUUCUUCUUUCUGUAUCAAAACUCUAGUAAAUGCGUAAUAUUGAUGGAAAAUUUAGUUUAAGUUUAUGCCCUGUUUUAGCUAAAACCGUGAGUGAGACAAAAAUAAAAGCGAACCACUCUGAAAAUUUUGGUGCUUCGAUGCGGAUCGUAUCACAACAGACCCAAAACAAAUAAGCUUCCCGGGGGAGGGAGAUGGGGGGAGGAAGGGGUGCAAAUGGCAAAUUUUGGUCUCACUUAGGGUGAUCAGGACAUAAAGCUAAUAAUUUUACUACUGCAGAUAUCACUUAUGUAAAGAAAUGUAUAAAAUAAUGGGGCUUUCUUUAUCUUUUACUUGCGCUUUGCCCGCAGUACUGCCUUAAGCUACAUCGAUCCCUGGCCCUGGUUGUUUAACUUGGGAUUGCACUAUCCAUGGGGUAAAUCACUGUCCAGCGGAUAAGGACAUUUAAAACUUUAACUCAAGAUUUCUCAAUAGGACAAUUGCUGAUGAUGUCAUUUUACCACAACAACCAGAAUCCUUCAGUUUGUUGUUUUCUUGUGCAAAUUGGGGCUAUUGUUUAAUCCUCAGUUGAAUUUUCUAAUUUAAAUAAGAAAGCACAAACAAAAUGAAUUCUGGUAGUUGUAGUCAAUUGUUGUCACCUUGAAAAUGGCCUAUUUCUCAUUUUUUUUUAAAAUCAUUUUUAGAUUUCAUUGCAGACAUACUAAUUUUUUUGUUUUACAAUAUUUUCAUUCCAGGUUGCAGUUCUUAGCUUUACUUUGUUUCCUAUUAGGCUUCUCUGUUUGUUUUUUCUGCUUCUUCUGGCAAGCUUUAUAGGAACACUAGCUACUGUAUGCAUGAAAAAAGAGGAAGAGCCUCAACCUUUGUCAGGAUACAGAAGGUUAUUAAUAGCUGCAUAUUAUAUUUUAAAUUAUUUAUGUUUAAGGAUGACUUGUAGACAAGAUACCUGAGACCCUUGUUUGAAAAACUGAGACCUUGCAACAAACAUUUUGAGAUGCACUUCUAGAUGGAAAGAAAGGCAAAAAUGACUGUGACAUACUUAUCAUAAAAUAAUGUUUUCAAAGGUUUGGGAUUGGAUACCGUAGUUUGCAGUUUUCCAGAACCAUAUGCCGAUGAUGCAAGUGAAAUAUAAUAUUUAUUUACUUAAGACAAAAAGUGUACUUGGUCUGUCUUAAGGUUAACUGUACAGUAUAUUAAAUUUUGUCCCAUGCAAUGCCAAUGAUGGGUAGGAUUAAGCAGGAAAUGAGGUGCAUCCAGUAUUUGUCAAAUCUUAAAGGUCAAAUCUUAAAGGUCCAGUGGCAAGCAAAUGUCAUAGAUUCGAUAGUACAAUAUGGCUGCAGCUUAGGAAAGAGCUCAUCACAUGACUGUGACAAACUUGUACUGUGUAAAUCAGCCUUAUUUCCUACGUGUUUCUUUUCAAACUAUUCAGGAUUAUGAGGAAGCCACUACGGGGUAUUGGACGAGCAAUGCUGUUCUGCAUGGGUUUUCACUGGAUCAAAGUCAAAGGCCGACUUAGUAGCCCUGAGGAGGCUCCUAUUCUUGCAGUAGCACCACAUUCGUCAUUCAUUGAUGCCCUUGCAUUAGCUGUAAUUUGCAUCUCAUCACCCAUUUCUCGCAAGGAGAAUGAAUCUAUACCACUUGUAGGAGGUUUGUUUAAUCUACACUUCAGAAGCUGGCAACAAUUAAGCUUGAGGCACCAAAAUGUUUUUCAUUGUCCCAGACUAUUAAAUGGAUCGUCAAACUUUGUUUCUAAAGCUUGUAUUGUACUCACAGGUUUUAAUUUGGCUAGUAUGCAUGGCUGGCAGAUGUAGUGCGUUUCACAAAUAAGAAAAAAAUACUGAUACUGAGAUUUUAGUUCAAUCAGAUAUAAUAUAUCUGAAGCCUGCAUUCAUGGUUGUGUAUCUUAUACUUCAACUUUGAGUUAUGACAAAAACUCUUAAACUCAUUUUCUUUUAGUUCCCCAUGAUAUGUCUUUACAAAGCUCUAAAAAAGGAAAUUUUGUGAAAAGUAUCGGUAACAUAACUUACAUGAUGAAAAACCUGACACACAGACCUCAGGGCUGUGCUCUAGCAAAGCAAAGCCUGGCGGCUACUCUAGCACCCUACUUUUGCUCGUGGGAAACUAGAGAAUAGAAAUCCUUUGCUGAGCGCCCUAGAUUUCUCAGGAUCAGAGCACCAGACUCCCUUACUUUUUUUCUUUAGAGCACAACCUUGGACCUGAAUAUUGGCAAAAUAAUUUGUUUAGUUUAUGUCACCUGUCAUAUUCCAAUUGUAUGACUUCAUAGGGUGCUUUGGAUUAUUAUUUAUAAAAUGACUAAGAUAGUGCACGCACUCUGAUUGGCAGAGAGGCGUGUUUGCAUGAGAGUAUGUACACAUGGUUGGGACGUUUUUGAGUUGAAAACACAACAACUUUACUUUAUUCACCCAUUCCCUCGUCGGCUGAAACUUGGAAAAUCUUUACAAACAUGCUGUGUCAAUUUUUUUUGCUUAAGCUGAUGUUUUAAGCGAGAAAAAUCCAUGUUUUGGAAAGUGUCUUUUUUGCAAAACAAGAACUGAUUACGCAUGCAAGACUUUGUGUACAAAACUGCGUGACUGGUAAGAAUUUUUCUUUUUAUCAGUGCCAGAACAAAGAAUUUUGCAUUUUGUCUUGGUAAAGUUAAUUUAUAAAAGCAAUAGAAAACAUAACUUUUUUCCCCUAUUGGCAUAGCCUGAUAUAAACACUUGUGGGGCUGGGAGAAUUUCUUGACAGUUGUGCGAGCCCUAGACUUUGUCUCAGAUUUGCAGAGCUGUCUCAAAUUCUCCCAACCCCUCUCAUGUUUAUAUCAUGUUUACAUCAGGCUAUACAAACAUGGAAAAUGUUUUCUAUUGCUUAAGGUAUUUGCACAGGCAAAUUUUCAACAUUUUAUUUUGCCCUCAAAAUCUUUCUACAGUAAGUUCAAAUGACGUAAUAUGCAUAUCUGGUGUUCUUUUUUGAAUAUACCUUCGCAUCUUUCAGCAGCAAUAUGAAAGUUGUUGCCAUUUCCUUCUAGAUACUGCAUGCGGAAUCCUUUAUGACUUGAUAUGUCAAUGAUAUUAUUCCCCCUUCUCAUUACGUAAAAAAGCUGAAUUUGAUUAGUUAUUUAUGAUCUGAAGAAGGACCAUUUUGACAUGUAAAUCCCACAGUUUGUGCUAAAGCCCUUCAGCCUGUUUACGUGUCAAGAACAGAUCCAAAUUCAAGAAAAAAGACAAUUUCUGAAAUAAAAAGACGAGCAACUUCUGGUGGAAAGUGGCCACACAUAGUUAUAUUUCCUGAAGGUUAGUAGAUUUAUCUCUGGUGGGAACAAGUAGGUUCUUUCUCUUUCUUCCUGGUCCUGACCUCAGCUGAUUUUCCCGACUCUUUCCAUGAAAGGUCACGUGUCGUUGGGCUUUGCAUUUAUACCAAAAAAGGGGGUAAAUAACUAAAACAAGAAACAAGAUACAAAUUAAAGAGAAUGUUUUGUUGGAGUUUUUUACUUAUGCGGUUAUGGAGUGGGUUAACUUGAAACCUGCUAUGGUGUCCCUGUGCAAUUAGCUUUCCAUAAUACUAUGCUAUGAUUCUUAUGCUCAAGGGAUUUGCCCUUUUCUUCUAGGAGGUAGGGCCCCAUUUUUCGAGUUUGCAGAAGGCUCACCAACAAGUUAUAAUAAUAAUAAUAAUAAUAAUAAUAAUUUAAUUUAAUUUAGUUUACUUGGUGCUUUAAUUUAUUUCCUCUUGCAGGAUGGCCCAUUAAAGACUGUCUGUCUUUGUGCUUUUUUUUAAUUAACAGAUCAUUUUGGCUUUAACUGCUGAAUUUCUCAGUUUGUAACUUAUAUUUGCUCUUCUCAGGAACAUGUACAAAUCGAAAAUGCCUGAUCACAUUUAAGCCUGGUUAGUACAAAUAACUUGAAUAUUUGUUGAAACUUGAACUACUCUGGAGAAUUAUUCUUUUCACUGUGACUAAUGGCCUCUUAUGUAGACAUCCAUAGGGCUUUGUUACACAUUUCUCCUUUACGAACGCAUAAAUAAAGCCCUCAUAAAAACGUCUGCUUUGGAGUCUAACUGUAAAUCUGAUCUUUUGCUUGUUAUGUGAUUUUCUUUUCAUUUUUUGUCCUAAAUCUGUUCAUUGCGUAUCAACCAAUCAGAAAGUUCCUUUUCCUUUCAGUUCCUUUUCUUCAACCGUCAACCUAUCGGAAUGAUUUUUCCCUUUAUUUUAUCAUCAAGCCCUGCCAAAAAAUGUUUAGUAUACUAAAUAGAUAUGACAUUUCAUUUUUUUUCUUGGGUCUAUUUUCUCAGGUUAUGUUUUUGUUGUGUCAAUAGGUGCUUUUUACAGUGGCUGUGCUGUUCAACCAGUUGCCCUAAAAUAUCCUAACAGGCUGGUAAGUGAAAAAGUAGUGUAUAAGACUGUAAGGGAGGGUUUACUUGACACCAGGGCAACUUAACACCGGCGCAAGUUCACUUCAGUUACCUCUAAUGGCUCAGUGUAUUUUUUUAUAUGAUACCACCACAAAAUGUCAUUCCCAUGUGAGUCACACUGGCUUGAGUCCACCCCAGUUGUUGUACUGGAGUGAGAAUUUUCACUCCUGUAUGAAAUUUUACAACAGUACCAUGUAAACAUGAAACGGCCACUUGUUUUGGUAUGAAAUCGCGGGUCUGCCGAUAGACUGGAAUGGGUUAAAAAAGUACAUGCGUAAUGCGUAAACAGAUUUUGCCACUCCUUAAUAUAAAUUGGCCCUCUGUUAUAUUUCAGUCCCCACUGCAUUGAGAAACAAUGAGGACGAUUUUGUCCCAAUAUUUUGGCAUCUUGCUUGCUGGGAAACUGAUGCUUUGCAGACAAAGGAAAUUAUUGAAGAUAAGAAAGUAAAGGAGCUUGCCAUUAGUUAGAACUGGAUUGCCAAAUCAGUCCAGUGGUAAAGAGAGUCAAUUCCACUGUUAGUCAGGGCUGUUCGGCCACUGGUUAGUCUGCAACACCUAAAAUGUGAGCCCAGAAGUUACAGAUUUUAAGCAAAAUCUGUAAAAAAGCCCAUUUCAUUGUUAAAAUGAACAGUCCAACUGACCAAUUAAUUGCCUUAGCUUACACUCAUUUUUCUUAAACUUUUUGUGCAUGUAGGACACUGUGACAUGGACAUGGUCUGGGCCAAGUGCGUAAGUCAUCAUCUGUUUUCAUCCUAGUUUUCAAUAAUCAGAAUUCAACACUUGGGACUUCAUCUUGGGACAAUGAGUGUAAUCAUUUAACAUACAGCAUGUUGUAAUAAGCAACAAUUUCAAUAGGCCAUUUACGACCUUGCCCAGGCCUCUGUAUCAAAAUGCGGUUUAGUGCUCAGCCUUUGAUAAGGAAAUGAUUUUUUAUCCUCAGGCAAUUGCAAUUUUAAUUGCAUGAGGAUAAAAGAUAAAAAAACUCAUUUUCACAGGAAAGGUUGUGCACUUGGCCUCAUUUUGAAAGUGAGGGUUUUUUAAACUUGAAAGUAGCCUAUUUUGAGUAUAAUUAUUAUGUAAAGGAAAUUGUUAUUCUUUUGUUUUAGAAUCACCCUUCUGUGGUUGACCUUAUGCCAGUUUCACAACUACAUGGAAAUAGAGGUAUGAUUUUUGCUUGUUAUAUCUUUUGAAAUGAGAAUUGCAUGACUGGUUCAGCAAGAGUGUUGUUUAGGUUAAAGUUCCAGAUGAUGUUUCCUAGCUCAGUUCAUAUUCUCUCUUUUGUCAUUGACAGAUUCUGCCUGUAUACAAGCCUGAUACUGAGGUACAUUGCUGGGAUAUAUCUUAUUUAUCUAGAUAGGCCGCUUAGCGUGCCAGUAACCCUUUGGACCAAGUUAUGAAGGGGCGAUUUGUUACUCAAACUUAAAAAUCUGUGGAGGAAAUCCUGUAAGUACAGUAACCUCUUUAGCAGACAUUUUACAUGGUGCUAUUUAUUUCUAAGGAUUUUACAGAAAGAAAUUUGGAACUGUUGUUAACUUCUCUUUUGAAAGAGUUAAUAUUUAUAACUCUUCUGUCAGAGCUCAUUUAACUACUGACUUUUAUUAUAGGAAAUGCAUGAUGGCAAGCUAUUUGCAAGAAGUGUACGAGAACAAGUUUCAAGGUGUAACAUAAUUGUAUUGUGUUUAGUGCUUAGUUCCAUCUCAACAACGUUUCUAGUCUGCACUGUAAAACACGUUGAAAGAUGACAUGACUAUGGUACAAAAAAACUUUUCUAGGACUAGAGAAGAAAAGAAUCUUUCGCAGCAUUCUCUUAUAGUAGCAACUUUGUCUAACGGCCUUGAGAUACACGCCCUCCCUUCUCCUCUACCCUAACAGCAAGUGUAGUUGUCAAAUUGAAUAGCAACAAAUUUUUGGCCAAUGUUGCUCCUUUUUUGUUCUCGGCCCAAGUAGCGUUUUAAAAAGGAGUCAGUUAAGAGCCAAUGUAAGUAUAAAGUUGGCCUGGCAGUUUUAAAAAAGUCGUUGUUUCCUUCGUUACAGAGUUUUACGGGUUCCUGUUACAGAACACACAUAUGAAGACACACGUCUGAUGGUUCAGGCAUCCAAACAAAACUUACCUUCCACAGCUGGCUUAGUUGAGUACCAGAAGAUUAGCUCCAAACUCAGGUAGGCAACACGCAACGAUAGCGGUAGCAAUCGACGGCAUAAAAAUUCAAAACAUAUUUCUGAAACGAAAACGGGGUGUUUAUUGUCAGACUCCCCAUCCCCCCACCUCCCCAUCCAUUUCGAAGAAAUUGACCUCAAAUUGUUGUAAUAGGUUGUCUCCCUGGCGCGAGAUUUAUCGCGAACCAGUCACAAAGCGGGCAAUGCCGCGAAAUCAUACUUGUGGCCUAUCAUACAUGUACAUUGCUUCCAUUUUCUUUAGCUUUAUUUACGCGCAUUGAAUGUACGUUCGUGCGCAUUUAAAAAUUAUGGGACAGUGGAAAUCUACCCUAAUAGACAAAUUUACCCUUAAAAAAAGGAUUUGUUAAAGUUGUUCUGAGCAUCAGGUUUUUCUUAUUGUAUCCCGGCCAGUAUCAAACUUGAGAGUAUGAAAGAUCUUCUGGAUAGGUUUGCCGAGAUAGAUAGCAACAGGGAUGGGAUGGUGGAUUUGGAGGAGUUUGCUGAGUACCUCAACUUACCCGUCACGCGCCAGGUCAAACAUCUCUUCUCCCUCUAUGACAGAGUGAGUAUCAAACCUAAGUUUACAAUGUAAACAAUAACAGCAGCUUUAACCCUGAAAAUAGGACCGUUUCUGCGUGUUACAAUCUUACAAAGAUGGUCGGUACAUUGCUUGUUAUUCUGUUAAUCAUGGCAGUGCGCACAUUUCCUUCUUAUAACUUCAAGUUCUGCGAGCGAGAAAAUGCGCGCACUUGUUGUCUUACAUCGCCUAGCCGUCUUUUGCGCGUGAAAUCUCCCUUGUUUUAUGUAACUGGAGGUUAUUAUUGUAAGCCUGCCUCUCAAAUUAAAUCUUCUGAAAUUCGACGAAAUUGUGCGCACUUGUCGUCUUAUAACAGCUUAUAACUCUUAGAUAUGCUGGGGUGAGUCCGUGCAAACACUUAAAUGCCAUUCCAGCGUCUCCGACUUCAAGUUGCCGAACAACUGGCAGCCGAUGGAGUUGCUUUAAUAUGGGGGUGAUGUAGUCAAAUUUCCUUGCCCCUGUGGCAACCCUAGCCUCUCAAAUAAAAUCUUUGGAAAUUUGACCAAACAGGAAGCGAAGAAAAAGACUUUGUGAGACGCUAUUAAAUGAGAACAAGAAAAGUGAACCAGCCAUUUUCUUUGCUCACAAAUCUCUCGCUAAUAAUUGGAAUGGGCCAUUUCCGAGUUACAAAACCUUUCUUGUGAAAAUGAGAUUUAUUUACUUGAGAAUAAAAAAAUAAUUUUCACAUCAAUAGCUUUGCAAAACAGAGGCUUGGGGCGACUCUGGGAUGCAUCUUAUUCAGCAGUUAUGCCAUCCACUCUUUAAUGACACUGGUACAUGCGCUCACUAGUCUUAUGUUUUGCUUUUUCCGCAGGAUGAAUCUGGUUAUCUAGACUUUCGUGAAUAUCUUAUUGGCUUAGCACUAGUGUCCCAACCCGCUAACACUGAAGAUGUGAUGAAAGUGGCCUUUCAGGUUGGUAUGUUUCAAUUAUUGCAAACUUAACUGUUUUCGCGUUCGUUGAAGUAACCACCGUGUUGCACGAACUUUUUGUGGGAGUUGAAUUUCGCUGAUCGACAGGAUUUUUGUUUGCAUUUUGCUGAGAGAUUUUUGUGAUUAUGAAAGACUUGUUUAUCACUUGCUGGAAAUUAAUUUCUUGCGAUUAUCAGGAAGUCGUGUUCAAGUUGGAAUUACAACACUUUCGUGUCUUGAUUAAAUUACGUACACUCGGACCCAACAUGCAGAGAUUGAUAUAUAUUAUAUAGAUUAUUAUUUUAUUGUGGGCGACAAAGAGAAGCCCGCAAUCCUAAUCUCCAGGUUGAUAUUACGCAUGCGUCGCAUGCAUGUAGCCAGCAUCCGUUUGGACUUCCACUAAGGGCGCUUUCCAUUUGUUAGAACUGACCGGCCAGAUCAUCGCUGGAGUUGUUAUUUUGACAAUAUAAUAGGCUUUUCCCAAGAGUUUUUGCUGAAAAACCAUCUCUUUCCUGCAUAGUAUUUAGGAUUUGACUGAUCUGGUUGGAUAGUUUUGAUCAAAAGUGAAAUUCUCGUUACUACGAGAAGGGUCUGGCCGGUCAGUUCUGACAAAUGGAAAGCGCCCUAAGAAUGAAUGGAAUGCACAAAACGCGAUUUGAUCACGGGCCUUUGGAGCUUCUAUCACUCGUAAUUUGAUCACGUGCGUUUGACUAUCUGUCACGUGAAACUUACGCAAAGCACGGCGAUGGAGCAAAAGCGUAAAAAAACCCGCCUGCACUCCGUAACCUUUGGUUAUUGCUAGUUGGUAAGUAGAUAACAGAGUAUGUCACUGUAUACAGUGAUAGUAUACAGGUUAUUCACCUCUGUUCUCACUUCACUUUCUCUUCAAGGCCUUUGACAUGAAUGGUGAUGGAAGAGUGGACGAGACAGAACUUCGCCACAUUCUUCAGAGCGCUUAUCCUUCCAUCACAGACUUGAACGUGAACUGUUUGUUUAAUCAAGUGGACGUAAACCACAGAGGAUCAGUCACAUUUGGUAGGUGCACGUCGGCAUUUUGAUGUCAUUAGUGCGCUAAAUUAAUCAGUCGUUGUCACAUAAUUGAAUACUCUCCAAGCCGGAGACUUUGCGAAUAAUGAAACUUGUUUAUUGUUUAUUGUUUUUUUUUGCCAAAAAUUAAACAAAUCAACUAAAAUCUAAUUACCUUAACUCUCAUGGCGAGGAAGCUAAAUUGCCACCGGGCUUAUAAGUCGUUGAUAAUUAGAACAAAAUAUUAUCAUAAUUGGGAAAAUCAAUGGCAGAGCCGGAAUAAGUAUUUUAGAUAGUCGUACUAAUCAUAGUUCUAGGCUAAAAAAAGCGAAAUGACAAAAAGAAGAAAAAACAAAACAAAAAAAAACAAAACAAAACAAAACAAAGGAAAAUAAAAGACUUGUGGUUACCUUGUUCUGCGGCAACGCCCGGACGAUCAUACUCAACCUGCUUAUGAAACGUUUCCUGGGUUCAGACCUUUCACAUUUUUACUAUUACUAGGGUCUGAAAGGGUAUUCGCGGGAUCCAUGAUUUGACCAAAAUACAGUGCAGGAUUCGGGAAACGUUAACGGGUUACGGGAUUUGAUUGAUACCCGGGAUACGGGAUUCGCCAAUAUAUGGGCAUCGGUUCAGGAUUGGGGUCAUUAGGAAAGAAAACGUUAUUCAGGAUAGCUAUGACAGAAGUUCGGGAUGCGGGUUUCUCGGGAGCAAAGGAGCGAGAAUACGCACGGGAUCAGGAUCCCUCUUUCCAGACCCUAUAUUACGGGCUGAUUGCCUAAGCGGGGCUGGCCCGUUUUGCCAGGAUCGUCCCGCGUCAACUUUGAAAUUGCGUGACAACCCAGCCAGCCCGGUUACCUGGAAUCGAGGUCACGUGAUCGGGGUGGUGUAAUACUGGGAUGAAUGUUAAAAGGUACUAACUCGUUUAGUUGUCUGAACAAUAGGCCGAUUCUUAGCCUGCGAGCAAGCUCUGUGGGGCGCUGUGGCAGUGGGGCGGGAAAAGGAAGAUCGCCCCGGACAGCUUGCUCGCAGGCUAGCCAAUUCCGAGUUGCCUCAAGCCUCUGUUUCAAAGCGAGGCUAAGUGCGACCUCAUUUUCACAAGAACGGUUUUGCACUUAGCCUUGUUAUGAAAGUGAGAGUUUUUGGAACUCGGAAGUGGCCUAUUCAAUAAAUCUGUCGAUCAGUCGACUUCAGUUGGUUAAUUUACAGAAAAUUGAUUACUUUCUUAUUUCUUUAGAGGAGUUUCGUGACUUCGCGCUGUCUCAUCCAGAAUAUGCUGUCCUGUUCACCCAUUACAAGGAAAACCAAACGGAACGGGCGAGUGUGAAUCCGAGCGGCCAAAACCAGGAACACAUCCAGUUAGAAGCUGAGGCCUGAGUCAUGGAAUGCUGUCAUCAUGGCCAGCUCUGUUUUUAAC